GCUGGAUUGUGGGAGCCGCUUGGCACAAACAGCCAUUUUCAGUUUGCGGCUGUCAGUCAGUGUAACUGCCGAGAAGCUUCUGCGCUGAAGUCGUGCGUGUUUUUUGUUUUAAUUUUAUUGCAAAACGCCACUGAGGAUGGACGGAAGGAAAGCUUUUGGGGGCAGGAAGGAAAGUUUGCUCUUCGUGUGCUGAGAAUAAACAGAGGAAAAGCGGUAAAGAGUGCUGAGUUUGUAAACCGUUAGUUACAGCGCCGGUGGUUUGUAGGAUGCUUCAGCUGGAGAGCGCUGCCUUUCUCUUCAGCAGGCUUUAGGCGGCUUUUUAAUCUCAAACGGGUUUUUUUUUUUUGCUACGUAUUUAAAAAAAUAAAUACAUAGACUAUUAGCUUAAUCUCAGACGCUUUUUCUAUCCUAGAAAAAGCCCUACCUGUGAGCGGAGAAGCAGCUGUUUGUGAUUGUGAGCAGAGCGGAGCGUUCUCAGGCAAUGUCCACUAUGGUGUACCCGAGGGAGGAGGCUCUGGAGAGGCUGAGUCAGGAUGAGAUUGUGUUGAGCACGAAGGCGGUGAUGAAGGGGCUGGAGACACUGCGGGGCGAGCACGCUCAGCUCCUCAACUCCCUGCUGGACUGCACUCCACCUCCCGCCGCGCAGGAGAAAUCCGGUCUGCUCCGCAAGAGCCUGGAGGCCAUUGAGCUGGGCCUGGGGGAGGCGCAGGUGAUCAUCGCACUGUCUGGUCACUUGAGCGCCGUGGAGUCGGAGAAGCAGAAGCUGCGGGCUCAGGUGCGGCGUCUGUGCCAGGAGAACCAGUGGCUGCGGGACGAGCUGGCCAGCACCCAGCACAAGCUGCAGAAGAGCGAGCAGAAUGUGGCCCAGCUCGAGGAGGAGAAGAAGCACCUUGAGUUCAUGAACCAGAUACGCAAGUUCGACGACGACACCACGCCCUCAGAGGAUAAACCCGGAGAAAAAGAAAAGGACAACCUGGACGAUCUGUUCCCCAACGACGAUGACCAUGGACCAGCCCAGCGCAGCGGUGAGGUGGCAGCACAGCAGGGAGGAUACGAGAUCCCAGCUCGGCUCAGGACGCUGCACAACCUGGUGAUCCAGUACGCCUCUCAGGGUAGGUACGAGGUAGCCGUGCCGCUCUGCAAACAAGCUCUGGAGGACCUGGAGAAGACCUCAGGCCACGACCACCCCGACGUCGCCACCAUGCUCAACAUCCUCGCUCUCGUCUACAGGGAUCAGAAUAAGUACAAAGAGGCGGCUCACCUGCUGAACGACGCGCUGGCAAUCCGUGAGAAGACUCUUGGGAAGGAUCACCCCGCCGUGGCCGCCACCCUCAACAACCUGGCCGUGCUGUAUGGCAAGAGGGGCAAAUACAAGGAAGCUGAACCCCUGUGCAAGAGGGCGCUGGAGAUCAGGGAGAAGGUUUUGGGGAAGUACCACCCCGAUGUGGCUAAGCAGCUGAAUAACCUGGCACUGCUGUGUCAGAACCAGGGAAAGUACGAGGAGGUUGUGUACUACUACAGCCGUGCACUGGAGAUCUACGAGAGCAAGCUGGGGGCCGACGACCCCAACGUGGCCAAGACCAAAAACAACCUGGCCACAUGCUACCUGAAACAGGGCAAGUUUAAGGACGCUGAGGCGCUGUACAAGGAGAUCCUGACCCGUGCCCACGAGAAGCAGUUCGGCUCCGUCAACAAUGACAACAAGCCCAUAUGGAUGCAUGCCGAAGAGAGAGAGGAGAGUAAGGGCAAGAAGAAGGACUCUGGUCCCUACGGUGAGUACGGCAGCUGGUACAAGGCCUGCAAAGUGGACAGUCCCACAGUCACUAACACACUGAGGAGCCUGGGGGCGCUGUAUCGCCGGCAGGGCAAGCUGGAGGCCGCUGAGACUCUGGAAGAGUGUGCUACAAAGAACCGCAAACAGGGCAUAGAUGCGAUUAACCAGAGUAAAGUGGUGGAGCUGCUGAAGGACGGCGCCUCUAGUGGAGAUAAGCGGCACAGCAGAGAGGGGCUGAACGGUUCUGGAGGUCCUCGUGACUCUGAGGGAGACGAGGCCGAGUGGAGUGGGGAUGGGAGCGGCUCUCUGCGGCGUAGCGGCUCCUUCGGGAAGAUCCGAGAUGCUCUGAGACGCAGCAGCGAGAUGCUGGUGAAGAAACUGCAGGGCAGCGGCCCACAGGAACCACGCAACCCAGGGAUGAAGAGAGCGAGCUCUUUGAACUUCCUCAACAAGAGUGUAGAGGAGACCUCACAGGAUGUAAACAGCGGCCUAUCAGAAUGUAGAGGACUGAGCACCAGCAACGUGGACCUUUCAAGACGAAGCUCCCUGAUUGGUUAGAGAGUGUGGUUGGGGUAUUAAAGAGGGCGGAGCAAAGCAGACAGGCUGUUUGCCUUGUGCAUUCAAAUCAGAACAGCAUUAUGUAAUUUUUAUUUUCCAACAUUUUUAUUAGUCUUUAAUUUGACAGCUGGUGUGCUACCAAAUAGCUGUGUCUGCUUUGCUUUAUUAAACUGCACUGAUCAGAUUAUUAACACACGACAGGUAGAUAGAGUUACAGUUCAAUGCGCAAUGCAGACUGCCAUUGCACUGCGCUCAAUUCUUUCAGUCCACGGCCAGCCUGUUCUCCUGAAAAUAAAACCACACGGUUAAUGCAAUACAGCAUGCUGCUUACUACACUGGAUGUGUGUCUGCAUUCAAGGCACUUAAUCGCAUCUCAGAGACAUGGCAUGGUUUAAAAAAGUUAUACACCAUACAAGGAAUCAUAAUAUGUGUAACUGCAAGCAUUAACUUUAAUUACCUGUGAUCAAAAUGUUAUGUACUUGACUAGAAGCAUGGAGGCUGCAAAUGUGGCUCCACACACCCAAAAAUCACAGUUGAUCGAGUGGUACGAUCUCGAGUGUUUUGUUAUAGAUGAACAAAAUGUUAGGAUGGAAAACUUUUUUUUUAUUUAUUUAUUUUAAGUAAAGUGUCUCUGCUCUGAAAUGAACAGAAAGUAGUGUUGUGGUAGAGGUAUGGCCUCACUUUUGCCUUUUUUUUCUGUAUAUACAGGUUUAACUUAUUGAAAUUGUCGUUUCCUUCUUUGUAAAUACCACACACGGUUUUGUUUACAUAGAAGGAAGUAGGUGAAUCUCUGUGAAGAACAAAUCCUACUACAGAGUAGUGAACUGUUAAAGAAACACUGGGCUUUGUUGCAUGUUUAAACUGCUGUGUGAUCAGAAGAGCUCUCACUGUAGUUGCUCUGUAUGCUGCGAAAGACAAAGUUAAUACUGAAACUGGACCCAAGUUGUGUUUUGCUGAUUAUUUUGAUGUCAUUCUUUAAUUUCUCAGUCCUGGUUACUGUCCAGAAUCACAUGAUAAAGUCAAGAGUUUGUAUAUAAUUGUAUGUAUAGUUAUUUGCAGUUCAGAGUUUAACAUCCAGCACCAUCAUGAGAAUGUGAAUUUGUGAUUGGUUGAAUUUAUUUGCUCCGAACAAUGAGUGAACUCUGAUUAGAACAAAUCUCCAUGCUCACUAAUUUACUUGUUCAUUUAGCAUCCUCCUAAAUGGCAAUUAUUUCUACAUGUAUGUAUGAGCCAAAACAAAGAAGUCCUCCACUGUGGGCUUAUGUACUGUAUUCUUGUGUUGUGGUUGUCAGGCACACAGCAGUAUUAUUGUACCUGCUGUGUCACUUGAGCCAUUUAUUUGACUGAACGGUUUUGCAGUAAGUAGGUGAAAUGGAAAUUUUAUUAAAGGUGCAGUUUGUAGUUUUCUUUCCCUACUAUAUUAAUAUAAAAUCAAAGAUAUCUGCGAUGCAACGCAAAUGUCUAUAGCAGACUUUUAUUUACAUUUUUCUGGCCCUGAAAUUGGCUCAGCCCUCAGCUAAACUUUGCCCCGCCCCCUACAAGGACACAGAUGGUGUACAUGAUGUUAUACAGGAUCAUAUUAAUGCACUUGUUCUAAUAAAUUAUCGUUUCUGUAGUAACAGCUUGUUCACAGGGACAUGUAUAGCAGACAAUCUGCAUAGUCUAAGGCUAGUAAUAAAUGGAUUAAAACACGUUUAACAAAGAACAACAUGUAAUCAUCGAUAUGGUGUAGCUUACUGUGAGGAGACGUUUCUUUAACAUUUUUGGAAGGAGUCUCCAUUGUCAGUAGGUUUUCCUCAAUGGGACAGUCUUCAGGACAGAUGAAUCGCAUUCCGAUUUCUUUGUAACAUAAUUAGCUGUGUGGUGUUUUUUUUUUUGUGUGUGUGUCUUGGGUGUUCACAUCACCUCAGAGCCAGCAGAGGGCACUAAAAUAAAAUUACAAACUGCUCCUUUAAAUACACAUCCAUCUGUUUGGCUGAUUUCGGUUGUGCAGAAUGGUGUUGCUGGAAAAUGAGAAUAGGUAAUGAAAGGUAGAAGGGACAUUGACUUUGGACUUUUGGUAGGUGAAGGUGUUAAAAAUGAAUGUGAGGUUGUAGGAGUGUAGGAAGGAAAAUGGAAAGACUUUGCGCUGUGAUAUAAAAACAGACUGUCAGCUGUGGAAACGUUUCAUUCACUGUGUCAUAUCUCCACACAUGGAUUCUGUAUUGUUUUGUAACUGUCGGUGUAUCGCUCAGGCAGAUAGGUAAUCUCUAGUGUAGUGCUCAAGAGUGCUUUUACACUGCAAAAAGCUUUAACCCCACCCACUCACCAUAACAGUCGAUUGUAUUAUGAGCCUGAGAUUUAUGAUUUCCUUUGAUUAGCGAGCUGUCUUGGCUGUGUUAGUAUAAGGAAGACUAGCUGUGCAACAAGGCUGUGUGCUAUUGACCUAAUACCAUAUUCUGAUCAUGUUACAGCUACACUAUCAUCAAAACACUAAUCCUCGAUGAUCUUUGAUUAAGGAUAAAAUAAUUAUUUUACUCCAUAUCGAAGUCACAAAUCACUACACUAAGCUAGGAACGAAUUAGCUUCAUUAUUUCUUUUUAUUUUAAAUAAACAGAAACCAGCCUUUUUGCAUUGUACAUUAUUAACCUACAUUCCUGUUACACAUCAGUUAAUCAGAAUAAAACACUCCUUGUCACGUUAGAUUUAUUAUUUUAAGAGAUUCACUCAAAUACAAUUAGUCUCUAAUUAAAUCCUUUAGUAUUAACUAAUUAGCUAAGCUCACAUAUACUGCAGUCAGUUAUAUUUAAUCUGAAAAUUGUGAGUAUGAAUCGUGCAGCCCUAGACCCUAGUUUGCAUAUCGCAAAUGUUAAUAUUGUAAUGACUAUUAACAAAUGAUAGAAUGUGCAGCCAUGUUGUUCAGUGCAGGCGGAUCACAAGGUCUGCUGGGAACUACUGAUGUCACGGGUACAAGAUGGCUACGUAUGCUGAGAACGUCUUUCUUCCUUUAUCAGACACACCACAAAACUCACAUCAGCUCAUCUGCAGUGUGCAGCUUUUCCUACUCUGUAGAACGUGUUCGUGCAGGUUUAAUGUGGUUUUUGGGGGAGGGGGGAGGUUACCUGUGAACAGGCCGAUCUGAUGUAAAAUGAUCAAAAGAAAUAAAACCUCUCACUUUUCAAACCAA